CUUCAGUCACCAUUGUACCUAAUUAUAAUCCAUAUAUCUUAUACGAACGACAACAGAACAUCGUAUUUUCAUGUGUGAUAAAUGAUGCAAACCCUAGGAGUAAUAUAAUGUACAACUGGAAUUACCCGGAUGGUAGCUAUAGUGUACGUGGUGAAUUCCUUACCACAUCAACUGUUUUAAGGGGUCACAGCGGACUGUAUUCCUGUAAUGCUACAAACUCAGUUGGCACAUCAAAAAUCACGAUAAUACAGAUAGAAAUACAAUAUGAGCCAGUGAUUUCAAUGAUCCAUGGGUAUAACAUAACAGAAGGAAAAACACUUAACAUUACCCCUAUAAUAGAUUCCAACCCAUCUCCAACAUAUAUCUGGUGGACCCGGCAGAAGGAUGACAGCUACCUUCAUAUUGGAACACCUUUAAAAAUCUACGACAUACAAACAAAGGACAGUGAUAACUACACCUGCCAUGUAAUGAACAUUAUAAAACCAUCAGGUUUACCCUCACAAAACAGGACUUCACAAAGCGUAUUUAAUGUUUAUGUACAGUUGUUAUCUGCUGGAAAAUCUGGGCAAACGACUACAAUUGGUGUUUGGAUUGGAUCGUCUGUGAUUUCAAUUAUUGCAAUCGGACUUACAGCUUUCUUUGUUUUUAUGUACAAAAAACGUCAAGUGCCAAAUAGAAGAGAAAACACCAACAAUCGAGUGUACGAAUCAUCACAAAAUGUACAGAGAAACACGUCAGAGACAGACCAACAUUUAUAUAACGAAAUACAAAUUAUUGAAUCGGAUGUCGAAAACCAGAAAAAGAAGAUUGACGGAAGGUAA